GAAUGCCUCAAAUAUGCCCAUGAAAAUGGCUGUCCAUGGGGCAACUUGACAUGCUACUUGGCUGCUUACAAUGGUCGUUUGGAAGUGCUAAAAUAUGCCCAUGAGCAUGGAUGUCCUUGGGAUAAAGCCACAACCCAAUCUGCUGCUAAAAAUGGCCAUUUGGAAUGUCUCAAAUAUGCCCAUGAAAAUGGCUGUCCAUGGGCUGAAAACUCAUGCCACGAUGCUGCUGAAAAUGGUCAUUUGGAUGUCCUCAAGUAUGCCCAUGAGAAUGGCUGUCCCUUGGACAAACGGACAUGCACAGAUGCCGCCUCUAACGGCCAUUUGGAUUGCCUCAAAUAUGCCCAUGAGAAUGGCUGUGAUUGGGCUGAAAACACAUGCCGCUCUGCUGCUGCCAGUGGCCAUUUGGAAUGCCUCAAAUAUGCCCAUGAACAUGGCUGUCCAUGGGAUGAACACACAUGACGCUCUGCUGCAGCUGCUGGCCAUUUGGACAUCCUGA